UAUAGCUAACUCCGCACCUUAGAUAAUGCAUCUGACGCAGGUUCUGAUUUAUCUCAGUUUCAUGGUUGCUUUCGGUCCAGUGGGUCUUGGUGAUCAAACCGCGCACCACCAGCCCCCUGCCACGGAUGACGGCGAGCAGUGCUCAACAUGCGAGGUCCGACAGCAGAUCAAAAACAUGAGAUUACACGCCAUCAAGUCCCAAAUUCUUAGCAAACUACGACUCAAGCAAGCUCCCAAUAUCAGCCGAGAUGUUGUCAAGCAGCUCCUGCCUAAGGCACCACCUUUGCAGCAACUUCUUGACCAGUACGAUGUUCUUGGAGAUGACAAUAAGGAUGAAGUUAUGGAAGAAGAUGAUGAACAUGCCACCACAGAAACAAUCAUGACAAUGGCCACUGAACCCCAAUCCAUCGUCCAAGUCGAUCGGAAACCCAAGUGUUGCUUAUUCUCCUUUAGUUCGAAGAUCCAGGUGAACCGCAUAGUUCAUGCGCAGUUAUGGGUGCACCUUUUGCCAGCUGACGAAGUCACCACCGUGUUCCUGCAAAUCUCCCGCCUGAUGCCUGUCACGGACGGGGGCAGGCACAUAGGUAUCCGGUCUCUAAAGAUCGACGUGAAUGCAGGAGUCAGCUCUUGGCAAAGUAUCGACGUGAAACAAGUGCUGUCCGUGUGGCUGCGGCAGCCGGAGACGAAUUGGGGAAUCGAGAUUAAUGCGUUCGACUCGAAGGGAAAUGAUCUGGCCGUUACCUCAGCAGAAGCGGGAGAAGGACUGCAACCCUUCAUGGAGGUGACGAUUUCAGAGGGCCCGAAGCGCUCCAGGAGAGACUCGGGCCUGGACUGUGACGAGAACUCCCCUGAGUCCCGCUGUUGCCGCUACCCCCUCACGGUAGACUUUGAAGACUUUGGCUGGGACUGGAUUAUUGCCCCCAAGCGCUACAAGGCCAACUACUGCUCUGGUGAGUGCGAGUACAUGCACCUGCAGAAGUACCCCCACACCCACCUGGUGAACAAGGCUAACCCUCGCGGCACCGCCGGGCCCUGCUGCACCCCCACCAAGAUGUCCCCCAUCAACAUGCUCUACUUCAACCGCAAAGAGCAGAUCAUCUACGGCAAGAUCCCCUCCAUGGUGGUGGACCGCUGCGGCUGCUCGUGAGCGAGAGCUCUGCCGGUGAGGGGGAGGGGCUCAGCCAGGGUCUCCACCCUGGACUUUGGGACAGAUCCAUCCACCACUACCAGUGCUUUCUGCAGAACACGGUGCAAUAGAGCCAGAAUAGCGGCUAAAGAAAUGCCCGUCCAUUCGCUGAGCAGCGCUUCCACCACGGACAUGUCUCGUUCAGUUUUUUUUUUUUUUCCCUCCUCCAAUCACAUGUUCGCAGCCACAAUGGCCUA